GCUUCAUCUGCUCUCUCCCUUAGCAUACAUAUCUAGACCCGUAUCUCUGCGCUCUAUUGGAACGUGUGCAUCUUCAGCUUCUUGAGCUUCAACCACAUCAAGACACCGCUCUAGGCAACUUCUUGAAGUGGCGACGGGUCAUGUCACUCUCUGACCUUACCAGGAACUCUUUUCAAGGAGGCGUAUCAUCGACCAAAUGGCUCAAACUCUGUAGGCUAUUCCUCACGAAGAACCCAAAUCACUCGCUGGAUGAUACCGAAACUGCCGUCAGUAACUCGGUACUCAUUCUGUUUAGCUCAUAUCCUGGACACCCAACGCUACAGGCGUACCUUACAUCCGCCAUCCAAGAUGGCCUCGUGUCGCUCUCGACUUUCAUGACGACUUUUCUGCAGGCAGCAAGGUCUCCUGAUUUGCACGAACCUUCGACAUUGGACGUGCUUUGCAGAAUAGCAAUGGAGGCUCAUUUCUCCUCGGGAGGACCGUCUUCACCGAACCAGUUAACCGCGUUUGCCACAUCUUCCGACGCCUUGCUUGCCACAAUUCGCGACGCCCUCGUUCUGCUCAAGAUGACCUAUCAACUUCCAAUACCACAUUUCCACAGACUAUUUGCAUCCGUGGAGAAUCUUGUUAUGCUUCUUUUGAACUCCGUUACAUUACACGAUAUCUCUACUUGCUCAUCCGCCCAGGCUAUGGCAAGCAGAGAGGAGGCUAGAGAGGUGCUGCAGACGAUAUAUUCCUUGACGCAUAAUAUUCGAAACGUUAUAGAGGGAUUCACCAUCUCAAUUGGUCACAGAACAGAGGGCGAUAACUCGACUGUGCGCGAAGUACAAAUGCUGCAGAACACGCAGUCAUCCUUGGGGAAGGGCGACAUCCUUGGCACGGGAUCAGAAACGGACACCGUUUCAUGCUGCCUGCUACUCUCUCACCUGGUGUUGAAUAGAGCUAGUGAUUUCGGAUCAGGAAACGAUUCUCAUGCCACCGCUCUCCUAGCCACUCUAUAUCGGUCCUUAGGAUGGCCCCUCCCCAAGUUCUACACUCGACUUCUUCUCUCAGCAAUAAGCUGUCUUGUACAAGACUGGCAAUCCAAUCCAAAAAUUGACUCAAUGUGGCGAGCUUUCAUCCUCGGGCGGCUACCUCGUCUUCUACUCUCUUUCGCAAAGACUGUCGAAGCAGAAAGCGCAACCAAUCUGGAUUCAGCCAUACGAGACGCGUGGGGGACCAUCUGCGCUCCGCAGAAUAAGCCGCCUGUGCUCCUGCAGUACGACCAGAUGAUGGCUACAUCUACGGACAUGAAUGUGCUUACGAACGCUGAGAGCUUGAACUCCUCUGGUCCUUCUUUCGCUCGAGAGUUCACUCAACAACUACAGGUGCUCGGACUAGUGGACCAAGCAUUCGUCUCCAGAGUGGACCCAAACGGAACUCUUGUUCGUCUACAAGCAGAAGCUGAAGAUGCUGGGCAGGACUUGGAGUCAUUCAUAACGACAAAGAUAUCGACGGAUACUAGCAUCGAGGAGGCUGCUAUAUUCCUGGAGAAGGUUUAUAAGGAUUACAGCUCACACUCAAUCUUCACUGAGACAGUCAGAGCGCGAUUUGAAUCCUUGGCUGCAAGCUUUGACGCAGAAUCGUUGAGCCACCUGGCCAAGAUUCUAUAUACUAAUCAACCUGCUCUUGACAUUGUCUCACUGCAUACGUCAAUUAGCGACCUCAUUGCACACGCACUGGUCUUCAUCGAGGACUAUGAUUGUGAAGUCGUCGGCGAUCCCCAGACUGCCGUGACACAGCUCGGCGAUGUUGUUCUCUUUUUACAGUGGACAGCAACGAAGUACCGUCUCGUCACCCAUCGCUUGACGGUUGGCGAUCGUGUCCUAGACCCCAACUUCCUCCGCACAACCGACUCAGUUCAACGAACAGAAGAUCAGCUUCCGGUAUUCCAGUCGUGGUCCAAGGCACUUUUCGAUAACGGUAGCGAGGGAAUUGAUGAUGGCAUACUUCGAUCGACGAGGCCGAAGGUUCUGCUGAACAUGGCCGCAACGCAGUGUUUGGACGCGAUCAGUGCUUGUGCACAGGGGAAGAUAGACGCAGAUGUCCUCAACAAUGGAAUCUCGUACUUCUUGGGCCCUUUACUCAACUGGACCCUGGUCGGCAUCAUAAAGGCCAUACUGAAAGAGAUCCAGCUCACUAGGUUCCAGUCUCCGCAUCACCUCAAUGUCCUCCGCACGCUGUUGCUCUCCUCAACAUGUCCCCGACCUGUCAUCUGCCUCUGCAGUCACAGUAUACUGCGUCUGCUCUCAGACCAAAACUUACAGCGAUAUAAACCUGCCUCUCCGGAAAACGUCGCCGAAAUACGUGCGCGAAUAUACCAGGUGACAGGUCUACCGGUGCCCCCCGCCCAAAACGCCAUGACCUCCACCAGCUCCUGGCCCGACACCCCUCGUGACACUUUAACUCAGUUCCUCUCCUCCGUUCCCACCCGCACAGCAACCAUGUCCCUUCCAUCUAAAACACCGUCUCUUCCCCCACUCGUCUCCAUGCCCGUCCCACCAAAUGCAGUCUUCGGCCUCUCAAUCCAAAACAUUCUGCUGUGUACGACCCCGACCAAGUUCCUGCUCACGUUAUGGGACUGUUUGAGUGGAUCGCACACGUUGACGUUGGAUAUGGAUUCUCAUCGAAGACUGGCAGUAUACGUCCUCACUACGCCAUUCACUCCAGCCGCCGGAAUAGGACUAGGCGGAAUGGGAGGAGUAGGGGGAGGAUGGUCACUACUCCCAAUAUUCUUGCACAAUGUCCUCCCGUCGUUGAUGGACAACGUCGACCAGCAAGCCAAGGUGAACACCGCAACACAUUCGAUGCUCGGGGAGCUAUUAGCAGGCAUCGUGGCUUCGUCCGUCAUGAGCGCCCUAUACCUCGAACGAGCACUCGCCAUCACUACGAAUGCUUCUACAAUCUCCCCUUCCCUUGCUAACCUCAAUACCUCCACAUCCACCGCAGCUACGGGUCCGCGAACGCCUGUGCCAAUCCCCGGUGGAGAUCAGCAGAGGUUGAAGGGUCCUGGGAUGUAUCCUUUAGGCGAACCGAGUUCUUCGAUGGCGAGGAGGCUGGCGGGGAAUUUGAGGCAUAGGAAGAAUAGUCCGACGGCGAAGUUGAUUGCAGGGAGGUUAGCGUCUAGUGGGACGUUUGUGGCGAGUUUUCCAGUGUUCAAGACGGAGAUCUGAGGGCCGAUGGGGAUACUUUGUACGAGACGGUCCUCCUUUGGAUCUGGGAAAACUCGAUGGUGGUUUGUAAACUCGAUGUACGAUUCACUCUGAAGUGUUGAUA